GCCUUUGCACGGAUUUCAGCUCAGUAUGACGGAUCUCAAGGAUGCUGCUUCAGUUUCAAAAAAAACCGCGGGAUGUUUAUUUACUAAUUUUGAAGAUGUUCGAUUAACGGAUGAGGAGCGUGUGUAUUUAAAUGCAGCCUCUCUUGGUGAUGUUGGUGUCAUUCGCAUGUCCCUCGAAGACGCAGAUUCUUGUCCUAAUUUUAACGUUAAUUGCGUCGACUACAUGGGCCGGAACGCUCUCCACUUGGCCGUCGACUCGGAAAAUAUCGAGGCUAUUGAGAUGCUACUAGACAAACUUUCAUUUGAAUGCAUUGAAGAAGCUCUUCUGCAUGGAAUAUCUAAGGGUCUAGUAAAAAUCGUUCGGGUUAUCAUUGAACAUCCAAACUACAUGGCCUGCGAAGAGAGAUUGAAAAGAAUUGAUUCUAAAAAUUCGUUCUUCCGCACGACAGAAAAAAGCCAGUUUUCCCCAGACAUUACCCCACUCAUUCUCUCGGCUCACUACAACAAUCACGAAAUGGUUCAGAUGUUCCUCUCGCGAUCCCACACUAUCGAGAAACCGCACCCGAUUUCUUGCCAGUGCACCGACUGCCAAGUGAAGCAAGACUAUGACUCAUUAAAGCGAUCCCGAUCCCGCCUUAAUGCCUAUCGAGCACUCGCGAGUCCCGCGUACAUGGCCCUCAGUUCGCCCGACCCUAUCAUGGCAACUUUUGAAUUGCGCCAGGAGAUGAUGAAGUUGGCUGAAAUAGAAAAGGAAUUUAAGCGAGAGUACCUAACAUUGGUUGAGCAAUGCAUGAACUUUGCCUGCGAAAUGAUGGAUCUCUGUCGAGGGACCCAGGAAGUCGAGGCCGUGAUUUCGGACUUCCUCGAGGACGGAGCCAAUGUCCGGGAUCCUCUUGGGCGCCUCCGUUUGGCAAUACGCUUCGAAGAAAAGAAAUUUGUUGCCCAUCCAAAUUGUCAGCAGUACCUUACUAGCAUCUGGUACGGCUCGGAAACGGCUUUUCUUCAGUCAUGGACUCUCAUGCGUAAAAUUGGACUAUCGAUUUUGGCAAUGCCAAUUCUUCCCCUAAUCUGUGUGCUGUACGUUGUCCUGCCUUCGAUCGAACUGGCCCGAGCAAUGCGAUGCCCAGCAUCGAAGUUUGCCACCCACUGCAUUUCGCACUUCCUCUUCCUAAUCCUGCUCUCAGCAGCCACAUUUCGACUCGAGGAGAAUUAUGACAACCACGAGGCGCACAAUGCCGAUGAACUGUCUGUACGGUCAUGGUUGGAGCAGAAUUUUCGCCCCAACAAAGCCAUUAUUACUCAUGUCCAGGUCUGCAUCGUUUUGUGGAUCGCAGGUCAUUUUGUCGCCGAAAUAAAGCACAUCUUCUAUUCGGGCUUCCAGAGCUACAUGCUAAGUGCCUACAACAUCAUUAUCUACUGCAUCUUAGCACUGUACAUUGCCAGCUACACCCUGCGGAUAAUGGUCUACGGGUGGGUGCGUGACUCGGAUGUUUUCUUUAACGCAACAAAUCGCAUCGAGGAGUUGAUAAGGCGAAACGAGAGCCGGCUGGUGAAACCCAUGGUUGAGGGCUGGAAAACAUCCUCACCGCAGACGUCAGCCAGCUACUUUAUCGAAGCCUCCCGGUUUCGGUGGAAGGCAGAUGACCCAGAAAUAGUCUCUGACGUCCUCUUCGCCAUUGCGAACGUCUUCAGUUUCGCACGAACCACCUACCUGAUGCCGGCAUUUGAGGCCCUCGGUCCUCUACAAAUAUCCUUCACGCGCAUGCUCACUGACAUUGUUAUCUUUGCCUUCAUGGUUGGCCUGCAUAAUCUUUACUGGUACUACGGCCUUCAGUUAAUAAGUCCCCCUCCCAAUACUACCGGGAGGCCCCAACCAGCGACUGAAGCUUUCGAGGGCCUAAGACACACAUUGUAUAGUCUCUUUUGGUCAAUGUUCGGCCAAGUCAGCAUUUCACGAGUGCCAAUUCGAAGACCAGACAACGCAGAACACAAGUACUCAGACGGAAUGAUUGAUGUCGACGCCAACACCGUCGUGGUUGACAGUGUGGGCAUGAUUCUGUUCGCCGUGUACCAUGGAAUCAUCAUCAUCGUUCUCGUCAACAUGCUAAUAGCAAUGAUGAGUCAUUCGUUCGAGAGUAUUCAGGAGGACUGCGAUGUGGAGUGGAAAUUCGCCCGCACCAAACUAUGGCUAAAUUACAUCGACAACGGCUCAACGCUGCCCGCACCUUUCAACAUUCUUCCAACUGCUCACAGUCUCGCUCGUGGUUUAGAGUCAAUAAAAACUGUCUUCAGAAACGAAACCACUGUGGCUACAGGCUACGCCAGGAGUACGCAUUUUAUUAAGAUAAAACGGGAAAAUGUCUGCAAGACCAGGGACAUUGAGGUCCACGAAACCUCCUAUGCAGACAUUAUGCAGCGACUAGUGAGGCGGUACCUUUUUAAAAGGGAACGGGCAAAGGACGCGGAAGGCGAGAAGCCAAAAGAAAGCACUUAUUUACGAGCUGACGAUAUGAAUGCCGCUGAUCUUUUUGCAGGAGGUGAUCGUGGAAUGGAGUUCGCUGAUGCUGAAGACGAUGUACCACCGAUAGGCAUUCCUCAGUCGCGAAGCACCCCGGCUGGAAAUCUCAGUGACAGUCUCACCCCCAGCGCGGUGGGAGGUGGCCCGAUUCGGCGAAAUCGACGCAGUGGUGUAAAACGUUGCUCAUUUGUUGGUGGAACGGGAAUCCCCCUUGGUUUUUUAUCACCCUUUAAUUUGCAGCUGCCUCAACUCGAUGGCAUUCAACGCUCACAAAAAGUUCUCGACAUGCGGCUUCAGAACCUUCAGAGUCAAUCUGAACAACUAAACAGCGCUGCAGGUAACGCGAGGAUUAAGGAGGAAGUCAUUCACGUUCGAACACUCAUAACUGAAAGUCAUAAGGCCCUCUCCUCCAUCAUAAAAGCUGUUUCGCAACUACAGGACCAGGUAGUCAUACUUAACGAGAACAUGGAACAAUGGAUUAAAGCUCAAAUCGGUGAACCGAACAAACGAACCAUUCUGCUCGAGGAGCGGCGUUCAGCAGGAACGUCGAAACUGCGGGAACGCCACAGAUCUCGUCGAAUCGCACACCGUUCCUCAAGUGACAGAGAUAACAGCCUGAACCCUUAUGUCUGA